AUGAAAGAGAUACGGAGAGAGGGAGCCCCAAGACCACCUGGAGUCAUACUGAGCCUCGAGGAGGAGAUGAAGUCGGUGAACAUGACCUGGGGUAGUUUCCAGAAGAAGGCCCAGCUCAGAACCACCAGGAGUGGAGAUCCGAAUCCUUCGUUGCUGCCCUACAUGCAAGGAGGCAUAACGGGCAUCUCCCUCUUCACGAACGUACCGAUAGAGGGCGCAUGCAGUAUGGCACUGCAACGCAUGCAAUCCGACCCUACAUUAGCAGAACGUACCACACUAAUGCCUGAACAAUUAGCCGAACUCCUGGAGUUCGUCUUCAGAUCCACAUAUUUUCUGUACAGAGGCUCUUUCUAUGAGCAAACAGAAGGAGCAGCAAUGGGUAGCCCAGUCUCAGCGGUUGUGGCUAACAUAUAUAUGGAAGGUUUUGAACAGAACGCCUUGCCCAAGUGUCCUUCCACAUGCCGCCCUCGGGUGUGGAAGAGAUAUGUCGAUGACACUUUCAUAAUUGUAAAUAGGUCCGAAACAGACAGCCUACUCGCAUACAUGAAUAGCCAGCAACCGUUCAUCCAGUUCACUCUGGAGACUGAGCAGGGAGGGAAAUUAUCAUUCCUUGACACGCUAGUCCAAAGACACGAGGGCGGGAAACUCUCCAACUCGGUCUACUGCAAGCCCACUCAUACAGACCAAUACAUACCAUUUGAUUCUCAUCACGACAAAUCGGUCAAGAAGGGUCUUGUUAGAGCAGCACGUAUUAAAACUCACCCACCUGAACUCCCAAGAGAAAGAGCAUACAUACGUGACGCCUUAUACAGCAACGGCUACCCACGCCGUUUUAUCGAGAACACUUUCAAGAAGAAACAACCGCCAAGGAAUCAGAAGGUUUUCAAGACUUGCACAGUCUUGCCAUACAUAGAUGGUAUUUCACCACAACUCAAACACCGAUUAGAAGGUCACGGUAUCCGAACGGUUUUCCGCUCGGACACCAUCCUACACAAACAGCUUGUACACCCCAAAGACCCAAUCCCUGAUCACAGACGUGAUGGCGUAGUAUACAACAUUCCUUGCAAGGGAUGUGACGGGUCUUACAUCGGUGAAACAGCCCGACCAAUAGUUGAACGCAUUUCUGAACACAAGCGCGAUGUUCGGUUACAGCGAACCGACACAUCCGCGGUGGCAGAACAUGCUUGGGAGAAGCAACACCACCCAGAUUGGGAGGAAAAUUAA